AUGGACGAUCUUCUGAGCCGGUGCAACCAAAGCGUCAAGCUUGCUCUUCUGGUCGCUGAGUCUGGCCGGUCUGUUGACCAGUGUCGGCGGGAUUCGGAAGGAGUCGGUCAGAGCCCCGGCUUACGGACGCUCUUUCCACUCAUACCCGGGGUGGAAAUCCCCCGCUGGUUCUCUGUACCGAUGGCGGCGGGACGAAGUGUGCUUUUCCAAGUGGAAGGGUACUCGGCCGUGGAGUCGGCGGCCCUUGAAACCUGUCCGACGGCUGGGAAGGGGUGA